UGAUACUUCAGCACCAUUUCAGAACAAUCAUUCGUUCUACGAUGAGUAAUUUCAGUCCAGAUUUUGUGAGUAGAACAAUCAGCAUUUUCAUCGCCAUUUUCGCCGUUCUCAUCAUCAUCGCCACCGUCUUCGGUAACAGCCUCGUUAUAAUAUCGAUCCUCACAGACAGACGUCUACACAGGGUGGGAAACAUCUUCAUCGUCAGUCUCGCUCUCAGUGACGUACUGGUCGGUAUCUGCGUGACCCCCUUCGCACUGAUUUAUCAACUCCAGGGGACCUGGAACUUCGGGCCCGUCUUUUGCGAGUUCUGGGUGUCUAUGGACAUCAUUUGUUGCACUGCUAGCAUAUUGAAUCUGUGCAUGAUCAGCUACGAUAGAUAUAACGCAAUAGCACAACCUCUCCAUUACGCACAGUUUAGAACAGUCCGGAGGGUUCUGUUUUUAGUCACCAUAGCCUGGGUGUAUUCUAUCGGUAUUGCUUUACCGCCCCUGCUGGGAUGGAAAACGCCGGACCCAAAGUCCCCAGAGUCGUGUGCCAUUUCCCAGAAUGUGGGAUACACGCUGUACUCCACUAUUGGAGCGUUCUAUUUACCAUUGAUCGUUAUGCUGUGCUUCUACUGCAAAAUAUUCCAGGUCACGUGGUUAAGGGGUAAACAAUGGGUGAGGGGUCCAGGAAACAGUCUGAUCAUUAAAUCCAUGAACAGAUUUAAGAAACGAAAGAGGUACUCCUCCUAUAAAACGUGUGGUUUGUAUUGUAACAUAGGUGAGGAAGGGGAAGGCAAGGACAGGCCUAUUAGUAAUACGGAAAGCGAAAAUAAAGGUCAAUCCAAUGAUAUAUCACACGAUAUGAAACAGGAAAUACCUGUGAGUGAUAAUACUCAAACUCUUGACCAACCAAAGAUAAAACCAAAACGCCCCAUUCUUGUGCGUCAGAUUUCUUUCCUCUCUAGCACCGAUUCUGGAUACACUACCACGUCCGGUGAAGCCUCAGUUUCAAGCGACACCAUGACAACAAAAGAUUAUCCAGAGCGCAUGCCCAGCAUCGCAGAGAACGAAAUCAUCACUGAAGUUGUGGACAAGGAAACAGGGAAGCUCAUUAGUCAAUGUCGUGGUGGACAGACCAUUAAGAAUGGAGGCGACCUAAACUUUCCACAGACAUCGCUACCUGCAGGAAAUUCUGGCGACAAGCAAGUGAAAAAUGUCCGAAAACGUCGUCAUUUGAAGCGUCGAGACACGAUUUCUCUGCCACAGGAGCGCCGAGCUGUCCGUACUUUGGGAAUCGUGGUGGGGUGUUUUUUAAUCUGCUGGCUGCCGUUCUUCAUUGUAGCACUACUCGUGCCUUUAUGUCCAGAAGGUGUCUUCCCUGAGUUUGUACAAAGCUUGGUGCUCUUCCUCGGUUACUUCAACUCCGCCUGUAACCCGGUUAUUUAUACAUUCUUCAACAAAGAAUUCAGGGCAGCCUUCAAGAAAAUUUUAUGCUGCAAAUUCAGAACUCCCACCCCAACUUAUCUGUAGAUGAUGUGGAUGGGUUUCCUUAGCUUUGUUUAAAAUGAAAAAAAAUAUACGGUUAUAAUAAGGUCUCUAUUUCGGAUAUACUUUAUGAUAACUCUCGAAUUACCACAAAUUAGUGCACAUUAUAUACUGGCCUUUCAGCCAAAUUUACUCAUUUUAUCCACGUACAAUGUUUAUCUAUUACUCUUGUCAGGCAUAAUCAAUUUUAACUCAUUUGUGUAAGAAAAUGAUGAAAAAAGCAUCUCCCUUUCUAAAAUCCCAAAUAUUUUCCUAUCAAAUGUAUUAAAAAUAUCAAGCUGUUGUGGCCCUAGCUGAACAUUUUAUAUAUCAUUAUUUGAACACAAAGCUACAGAUCCAGUAAUGCAAUACUGUGCAAAUUUACCUCACAAGAUUUUUUGCGCACUGUUGGGGAGAAUUUCUCCACUUUCCAGCAUUGGUCAAUCAACUACCUUUCACUCCCUAGUUCUGGACCAACUUCUUUAAUCAAUUUAAAGUCUUUAACCAAUCUGUAUACAU